GAAUUAUCUCGAGAACGAGGCAACGGCGAACUAUCGGAACACGGAUGGACAUCUAUGUUUACGAGUAACUCUGCUGUGAUGUAAUAGAAAAUGUAGCCGAGGGAAGAAAUAGAAUAGAGAAUAUAUUAGAUUGGCUUACGUUUUUAUGCCAGGCACUUCACUUAUUGGCGUGAAAUCCGAAGAGGGCAGCUGGUUGCCGAAUGGGGAAAUCCUGGCGAGUGGUUGUCUGUGGGCAGACACUGACCGGGAAGACGGCUAUCAUAGAACAGCUAAUAUAUGGCAAUCACAUUGUUGGAGCGCCAACAUUUAAGACCAUAGAGGACAUAUAUGUUGCCUAUGUAGACACAGAUAGAGGAGUGAAGGAGAAAGUGAGGCUCUAUGAUACUCCAGGCCUGGACUCCUCUCAGGUUGAUCUGCCAAGACAUUAUAUCACAAAUGCAGACGGUUUUGUCCUUGUGUAUGAUGUCAACAGCUUUGAUUCGUUUAACUGCAUCAACAAACUGAAGAAAGACAUUGAUAAGCACAAAGAGAAGAAAGAGGUGACAGUAAUAGCCCUGGGCAACAAGAUUGAUGUGGACAGUGGACUGCGCCAAGUGGACCAACAAACUGCCCAAAAGUGGGCACAGAAGGAAAAGGUGAAACUGUAUGAAGUAACUGCUUCAAACAGAGUGUCUUUGACAGACGGAUUUGUUUGGUUGACAUCCAGGAUGACCCAGCCUCCAGCCAAAUCCAGUUUCCCCUUGGUAGGAAGAAAAUCAAGAUCCUCAGUGAUUGUUGACAAUUGAUGCUUCACAUUAUUUUUCAAUUUUCAAUAUUUUCUACAAGUUCCAAGAACUACCCCAAAGAUGUAUUGUUUACAUGUUAAUGCAUAAGUACCAUUAUUUCUUUUAAAGGAAAGCAAUUUAUAUAUUUAAGUUAUUUACAAGAUGUCUAGAACAUUAUAGAAUAUAGACUGAGAUAAAGGAUAGAUAUUGUUGACAAGCACAUCAUUGAUGUCAUCAUUGGUAAUUACCUGCACAAAUUUUGUGCCAUGAAUGCGUACAUAGUAUUACUUUUGAUUAUUUUACAGUGAAAUAAUUUCACAUUUUGCUAAUAUUUUCCAUAAUUGCAUCAGCGAUUAACAACAAAAUUCCAUCUAGAUCUCAUUUCAGCACAAAUUAUUGGAACAGAGUAUUUAAGAGCAGUUUUCAUAUUAAUAAAUCAUGAGUAAUAAAACAAAUGAAACCACAGCUUUA